CGUCCCUGGACAUUUUGUACCUAACUGUUCCCUUAUGUGUAACGACUGUCCCGGGGAAUGCGACUGCUUGGGGUGUGUGUGUCCCCCGGGCAGGACUGGACCCAUCUGCGAACUUGAGUGUCCCUCGGGUUUCUACAGACCCAGCUGUAACGAGGCGAGUCCUGCUUGCCGAGUAUAACUAAAUAUGGCCCGAUGGAUCCAUCACUACACUUGUAAAACUGCAGUAAAUGUUACAUAAAAAUUACAAUUGGCCAUUUUUCUAUCAACACGCUUUUCCUUAUGAUCAUAAAGGUUAUUUUUUCCUGAUAGGUGUGUCGCUGUGAGAACGGCGGCACAUGUGAUACCGUGACUGGCAACCGCACGUGUCCACCAAGUGUGUCCGGAGAAUUUUGUGAAGACGGCUGCCCUGCAGAGUGGGGUGUGCGAGUGUAAAGCAGGAUAUGUUGGCAUUGACUGCUCCAAAGAGUGCCCAGAGGGAAAGUGGGGCACCGGGUGUCUGCAUGAGUGCCAGUGUGCCAAUGGAGCCACGUGUCAUCCCGCUACGGGCGUCUGUGGCCUAGACUGUCCCCCAGGAUUCAUGGGAACCGAAUGCAACACACCGUGUCCGGCUGGUCACUAUGGACCGGGGUGUAUGAAGGCGUGUAUGUGCGGCCUGCGACCCUGCGACUCAAGCACAAGCGUGUGUCUCUGUCCGGCGGGGAACAAGGGACCAAACUGCAAUCAAGCGUGUUCUGAGGGACAGUGGGGACAAAGCUGCUUGAGGAAGUGCGAAUGCCAAAACGGUGCUACGUGCAACUCUGUGACUGGAGAAUGCCACUGUCAGCCAGGAUAUGUGGGCCCUACGUGUGAGGCAACGUGCCCCGCCGGCAGGUAUGGUGUCAACUGUAGUGGAAUAUGUGGGUGCCUCAAUGGUGCCUCCUGCGACCACAGGACUGGCCAGUGCCAGUGCCUACCGGGAUUCACGGGUCUUAGCUGCGGUCAGCCCUGUCCCCUGGGACGAUUCGGUCAGGACUGUGUACAAGUAUGUGACUGCAACGACGGUGGUGGGUGUGACAAGGUGACCGGGGAGUGCACAUGUGCGCCGGGGUGGCGAGGGUCUCAGUGCAAACUCAAAUGCGAGGAGGGUCGCUAUGGAGCAGGUUGUGCCAUGAACUGUAGCUGUGCCAAUGGAGGCGAAUGUGACCACAUUUCAGGCGCCUGCAUGUGUCGUCCAGGGUGGCGCGGGACAUUCUGUUCCAGGCCGUGCUCAGACAGGUUUUGGAGCAUAGAGUGUCGGUACCAGUGUGACUGUGAUGUUGGCGCGACCUGUGACCCCGCCACGGGAGUGUGCUCGUGUCCGCCUGGCAAACGCGGCCAUCACUGUUCCAACAAAUGCGGGCCGGAUAGUUACGGUGCAGGGUGUGUCUUCAAGUGCGAGUGUCGGCACGGAGGUGAAUGUGAUCCUGAGAGUGGGGUGUGCAAGUGUGCCCCAGGAUGGCGGGGACCACAGUGCCAGAAAUCCUGUCCUAAAGGGAAGUGGGGAGCGGGAUGUGAACGCGUAUGCGACUGUGAGCAAGAAGCAAGUUGCCAUGCGAUCACAGGCCAGUGCCAGUGUCCUCCAGGCUUCAUUGGUGACAGGUGUCAGUUCAUCUGCGCUCUGGGUCAGUAUGGGGAAAGCUGCAGCAAGGAGUGCCGCUGUGGGCCGUCUCAGCCGUGUGACCACGUGAGCGGGGAGUGUUCGUGUCCGCCAGGUCGCGAGGGACAGCAGUGCCACCAGUACUGUGCCGAGGGGCGGUGGGGCGAAGGAUGUCGCCAGCAGUGCAAAUGUGCAGGAUCAUCCCUGUGCGACCCGAUGAGUGGGGAGUGUUUCUGUCCCGCGGGACUCAAGGGCAGGAAGUGCCGCAGGGAAUGUCCGAGGGGCAGGUACGGCGUCGACUGUAAGCAGUGUAAAAAUGGUGGGACGUGUGACCGCGUGACUGGCCAGUGUGAGUGUCGCGACAACUACUACGGCGCCACCUGCUCCCUCACUUGUCCCUCCGCCACUUACGGGCCAGGAUGUAAUCAGACGUGCGAAUGUGAGCAUGGCGGGGUGUGUGAUGCGACAGGGGCGUGCAACUGCCCAGCAGGGUACAGUGGCAUGCUUUGCGAGAUCUCCUGCCAGCCCGGUACUAGGGGCCACCGCUGCAGCUCUCAGUGUCGCUGUAAAAACGACGCUGUCUGCCAUCCAGCUACUGGAGAAUGCCAGUGUGGGCUGGGAUGGACAGGACCAUUCUGCGACCAGGCGUCCGAUCCAGGCAUGUAUGGACCUGACUGCCGCAUGGACUGUGCCUGUCACCACAAUGCUUCUUGCGACCGCUUCUCUGGCUGCUGCGAGUGUGGUCCCGGCAGAUACGGGCGUUAUUGCGAGUUAGUGUCCGGCAGGGUUCUAUGGGGCGUAUUGCACUAGUGUGUGUGACUGCCGCAACGGUGCCACGUGUGACCCUAAGACUGGCCAGUGCCGCUGUCCCCCGGCUUUUAUGGGUGACACUUGUGGAGAAAUGUGUCCACAAGAAAUGCCACUGUGGUCUCUACCCGUGCCACCGGGAAACCGGAGUAUGCCAGUGUCCGCCGGGCAGGACGGGACCAAAUUGUGCCAUGCCAUGUGUGGAGGGCAAAUAUGGUCCCGGUUGUCAGCAAGUGUGUGAAUGUUACCAUGGCGGCAGCUGCCAUCCCGCCACUGGCCACUGUUCUUGUACCCCGGGUUGGCUGGGACCCACCUGCCGCGAGGAGGAUGGUGAGUAUUUCACUCCUUGCUUUGAGAAAAAAUGUAUACUUAUAACGCUAGACAUCCUUCAACGCUAUUAACUAACGUCUAUCUCUUUCCUUCCCACACGCGCAUUCAGGAGAUCGAAUCUCCUACGUGACGACCAGCGACCAGCGUGGCCGAGCAGACAUCCCAGUGGAGCUGAGCUGAUUUGAUAGCGACCAGUCCAAGCGACGCCCAGCAAGGCCACGUGACCACGAACAAUGAUUCUUUUAUUUACUGAUCUCUAAGGAGACACUUACAGGUGUAGUGUCUCCAGGCCGUGUGUGUGUGUGCGUGUGUGUGUGUGUGUGUGUGUGUGUGUGUGUGUGUGUGUGUGUGUGUGUAAAAGGUUCAGGACAGUGAGUGACGGUGACGAGAAUAGUGACUACAUUGUACAUAGACUAGUGUCGUGUUCAUUUCUGGCAGUUUUUAUUUCCUGUGUUGAUAUUCGCUCGAUAUGACGCGCACAAAAUUCCGCUGCAAGUCUGAAUAGUGCACCGAGCGAGCCACACGUGAAAUGGUACACAACGCAAACCUUGACCAGUGCGGGGAGUCGCGUGGCCGCGGACAUGACUCAAGAGGCCAUUCUGGUGAUGCUCGGUGAUCUUAGUGUGUGUGAAGGUGCAAAAAGGCGCUCCUCUCAUUAUGAUGUCUAUUGCAAAUAUUGAUAAAAUUGCAAAUAUUGAUAAAAAAUGUGAAUGUGUUGUGGCGCCGCAUCGAGUGAUCGGUAGGUCACCAGUGUGCUCGGUAAUCCUAGUGGCGGAGAGAGACGCUACCUUGAAAAGGCACCGGAGAGAACUGAGGCAGGCGCCUUGGAAACAAUGAAAUCCAAGUGGCAAGAAAACAGCUGCAAAAGAAAGGAACGAAAAAAGAUGAGAGAAGAUUUUUGUCGUGAAAGAGGCAAGUGAUCAUAACACAGCAAUAAAUUAACCAUCUGACCACUUGUUCUCUUCUAGGUCAUGACUUUCAUUAAACGCCUAAGGGCAAAAGCAAAUUGUAACAGAGACGCCUAGGAAGAAAAGUACGCUUGCAUUUUUUGUUAGGCAAAUGAGACGAGAGAAAAUGGCAGCUAUGAGCCUGAAAUGAAGGAGGGACUACACUAAACUUUUCCAGCUUGUCGGAAUGUAUUUAGGCGUGCAGUCAGUACAUAAAUUCCCUGCUAACUAGGUCGUAUAUUAGAGUGAAGAAAUCAAUUAGGUAAAAGCUACAUCAUAAAUAAAAUCAACAUCCGCCAGGCAUAGAAAGAUAUUUUGACAUGCAACACCGACAUGUCCCUGAGUACUCCAGUCUCCUCUAUGACCUGUGACCAUCAAUAAAUAGGUGAAAUUUG